ACGUAUAUGCGUGCUCUCGUCCGUAAAGUGGACGAGUAGAUAAUAAGCGUGAAAUAAUUCACGAUACCGAAUAAAAAUCGAGAGUACGCAUAUACAGAGAAUUCGCACAAUUGAAGAAGCGUGUGGAGCGACGACAAAAGUGCGAAGAAAAAAAAAAGAGGGAGGAAGGGAGGAAGUUAGUGUGUACAAGAGGUCUUUUUUACGGUUUUUUGAGAGAUCCUGCGAAGAUAUACGUGUUGGCCAGACCUGGCGAUACAGCACGAAGCAUCGUGUAACCUCGAGUGUACGUUAAUCGCGAGAAAUUUACGUUGCGUUUCAUUCUGCUGUAAAGACUAGGGAGUGUACGCGACCCUUUGAGGACGCGUUGUCGAUCAUUGUUACAGUGGAAGCUUUAGAAAAUGGCCGACAAUUGGACACAGAGCGUUGUUUGCCGUUAUUUCAAAAAUGGUAUGUGCCGUGAAGGGAAUAAUUGCAGGUAUCGCCAUACCCAAGGAGUUAGAAACGACGGAAGUACCAAUGAAACAGUAAUAUCUUUGCCUGUUUCACCUGCUAACACAGUCUGUCGCUUUUUCAAGCAUGGGAUCUGUAAAUUUGGGAACCAUUGCCAUUUUCGUCACACUGCUGAAACUGCCGAUAAUAAUUCAGUGAACGCAAAUUCACCAGAUAAUUCUUUACCAGAGCAACACGCUUCAAGUACUUCAACCUCGACAACAAUAAAGAAUGCUAAAGAAAAUGCCCACGUAGCUGAAGAAUGGGUAAAGGCACCUGAAUUCGUACCCUCAUCCAUUGCUGGUUCGUCCACAGCAAACGAAGCCUCUGCUACUUCGGGAACAUCUACGACCUCAUCGCUGCCAAUAUCUUAUGCUCAAGCUUUAAGUCCAUUUGGUCAGGCAUCCAGUCCAUCUUUAGAACCUUUAUGCCCAUAUGCAGCGGCAACUGGAAUUUGUAAAAUACGUAACUGUACAUACUUACACGGACAUAUUUGCGAUUUAUGCAAUCGUGCCGCAUUACAUCCACAUAACGAAGAUCUUCGAAAGAAACAUACAAAUGCAUGCGUUAAACAGCACGAAGUAGACAUGGAGCUUUCCUUUGCUAUUCAGCGUAGUAGAGAAAAGUCUUGUGGAGUUUGCUUUGAAAUAGUAAUGGAGAAAACAUCUGGAGAACAGAGAUUUGGUAUUUUACCGAAUUGCAAUCAUUGCUUUUGUCUAAGUUGCAUUAGAAAAUGGAGAAAAGCUAAACAAUUUGACAAUAAAAUUAUUAGAGCUUGUCCAGAAUGCCGUGUCAGCUCUGAUUUUGUAUGUCCGAGUAUGUAUUGGGUAGAUACAAAGGAAGAGAAAGAAAAAUUAAUAAUGGACUACAAAUGUGCAUUGAGCACCAAAGAUUGUAAAUAUUUCAAUAAGGGACGUGGUAAAUGUCCUUUUGGUAACAAGUGCUUCUAUCUACACGCACUACCCGAUGGCACUAAGACAGAUGUUGGUCCACCUGUUCGUCAACGACGUAACGCUGAUUCGGAUAUUGAUAUCUUUCAUCAAUUAAUUUUGUGGAACUUCCUCGACGACAGAAAUGACCGUUGGAUAUACGAUGUAGAUCUUGAAGAUGUUCCCUUUUUCUCAGAUUCAGAAGACUCUGAUUGGUCUGAAUAUGAAUUUUCUUUUGAGUAAAAUUAUAUUAAUUCAGUAAUCAUUACUGCUAUUGCUGUUAUCUGUAUUAUCUAUCUCAUCCACCACUUAUGCGUGGUUUCAGUGGCUGAAUAGACAAGUAGUUUAUGAAUUGUUUGAAUGGUUAUGGUUCAGAGGUGUCUUGGCUAUGCUGUGUGCUUUGCUUGGUGAUGUUUACAUGGAAAAUGUGUAAACGGCAUCAGGUUAGUAAUUAGAAAAUAACAGUAAUAAUAAGAGGAUUACAGUCGCAUGUACAAUAAUGACAAAGUUUUUAAUACUACACUGUCACUUUGUAAUCACCCUUUUUCGUGUAUCUUGACCAAUAUUCUUAUAACUAAUACUCAGUCAUAAGAAGUACACAUCAAAUCUAUUACAUCAGUGGUCCAAAUUAAUUCAAUGAAUAGAACAUAUAUCAGAACAUUUACAAUGGUGUUUUGCUAACAUACAAAUUUGGUUUAUUCACCGUCCUACGAUCACUCUUUUUAAAAAAUCAUGAGAAGGUAAAGAAAAGUUUUGUUCCGCGAUGCUAGAUUCGAUAAUAAAAUGAAUUUUCUUUA